AUGAAAGUCCAUUAUAUUAAUAUAUUAUUGUUUGAGCUUCCAUUAAAUAUAUUGAUAUAUAAUCAAAGGAACCAUUACAUCACACGUACACCGAAAACAAACACUAGGACAUUAUGCGAAUGUGAAUUGUAUGCACCAUCAAACUAUGAUAAUGACCAAGAAAUGAAAGAAGUAAUGCAACAAUUUGAGGUUCGUACGUCACAAAGAUUUCACGAAUAUGAUGAAAGUUUGCAAAGUAAACGAAUGCAAUGUAAAGAUAAAUGCGAUAAAGAAAUACAAAAAAUUAUUUUAAAAGAUAAAUUGGAAAAAGAAUUAAUGGACAAAUUUGCCACAUUACAAACUGAUAUACAAAAUGAUGCUAUUCCCACAUGUGUUUGCGAAAAGUCGUUAGCAGAUAAAGUGGAAAAAACAUGUUUAAAAUGUGGAGGUUUAUUGGGAGGUGGUGUUGCACCCGGUUGGGGUUUGAUCAGCGGUUUAGGUUAUGUAGGAUGGACAAAUUAUGUUACACAAACGGCUCUGCAAAAGGGUAUUGAGGCUGUCAUUUCAUAUUUAGAACAAAUACCUGGUAUAACUGAUUUACCGGGUUUUAAUUUGGCAAAUAUUAUUAAUCCAAAAAACUAUUCAUCAAGUAGCUUGAUAAUUCAAGCUAUAGAUGCGGCAGCUGGACCCAUAUGUGAUGUUCCAGUUAACGAAUCUCUUAAAUUUUGUGUGCUUUCAUCAUAUAAUGAGAGCACUAUAAUUAAACAGGUAUCCGGUGGUGCAGAAUCGGCUGCUGCAUUUGGUGAAGAAACAGCCUCUGCUGAAGUUGCCAAAUUUGUACCAAAAACUACUAUAUUAACUAAUACUAUAACUACUUCCUUUAUUGUUAUAGUAGUUAUAGUUUUAAUUAUGGUAAUUAUUUAUUUAAUUUUACGUUAUCGACGAAAAAAAAAAAUGAAGAAAAAACUGCAAUAUAUCAAAUUAUUAGAAGAAUAG